AUGACAAACUUAGAAAACAUCUGUGGUAAAUUUAACUCUUCAAUAGAGAAUAUGAAACUUAUAGUAUGUAACGAACUUCAAAGUAUAGAUACAACAAAAGUUUUGAACUCAGAUGCUUUGAAGAGUCUUAUAACAGACAAAGUUGGAGUUGUUGAAAGAAAGUAUAAAGACCAAAGAGUUUGUGAAAAUGUUGCAAACUUCAUUAUGGUUUCAAACAAUGCUGUUCCGAUGAAGUUAGAAAGUUCUGACAGAAGAUAUGUAGUUGUCAGAACGUCAGAUUCUCAUAUGCAAGAUACAGAAUAUUUUGACGACUUAGCAGAAACUUUGACAUCUGACUUUUACAACCACUUGUUCUCAUAUUUCAUGACAUUAGAUAUUUCUAAGUUCAAUCCAAGACAAAUUCCACAUACCGAAGAGAGACAAACAUUGUUAGAAGCAAACAAGAGUGUAUAUGAACUGUUCAUAGAUGAAACUGACUUUGAGUGUUUAGAUGAAAGGUCAUUGUACGAUUCGUAUAAACAAUAUUGUCAAGAGUAUGGUUAUAUGACAGCGUCUAAACGAACAUUCUUGGCAAAUGUCAAAAGUCUUUUAGACGUACAGAAUGGUGUAUAUACAAAGAAAAAUUUUUCUGAGUAA